UCACAUCUCUCUCUACGCCCCACCCCGUCAACAGCGAUGACUUCCUCUGGAACCGCCUUUCCUUUGUAGCUGUCAGACCGUCCUGAGCAAAGGAGCUGAGCUCUGCACAUCUUGUCAGAAGCAAGAGAGCUGAGCCCAGCAAAGCUGCACAACUCCAGCAGACAAGGAGGUUGCAUUUGGAAAGGUAGAAUGUCCGAUUCUUUGGUUGUGUGUGACGUGGACCCAGAGCUGAAGGAGAAACUGAAGAAAUUUCGGUUUCGGAAGGAGACGAACAAUGCGGCUAUAAUUAUGAAAGUUGACAAAGACAAGCAACUGGUGGUGCUGGAAGAAGAAUUUCAGGAUAUCUCUCCAGAGGAGCUGAGAAAUGAACUGCCGGAACGCCAGCCUCGAUAUCCUUUCUACAGCUAUAAAUACCUCCAUGAUGAUGGUCGGAUCUCCUACCCCCUGUGCUUCAUCUUCUCCAGCCCCGUUGGAUGCAAGCCGGAGCAGCAGAUGAUGUACGCUGGGAGCAAGAACAGGCUGGUGCAGGUGGCUGAGCUCACUAAGGUCUUUGAGAUCCGGACCACGGAAGAUCUGACAGAGCAGUGGCUGAAGGAGCACCUGGCCUUCUUCCGCUAACCGGCCGGGAUAAUCCUGGAACUUCGGCUACAUCUCAAGCCCACAGCAAAGUCUUCGGAUUCCACCUCCCCUCGUCACCAUGGUGGUGGGUGCAGUGAGCAGUGGUGUCCCUCAGACACGCAGAAAUGUCUUGCACCAUCAGCACUGCUGGAGUUUGCUGAGAGAAUGAAAAUGAAAUAAAGCCUUUGGAUGCAUCGCUUCCUCCCUGAUGCUAGCAGUA